CAGAGGUGAACAAUGACCAUAGUUGACAAGGCUUCUGAAUCUUCAGACCCAUCAGCCUAUCAGAAUCAGCCUGGCAGCUCUGAGGCAGUCUCACCUGGAGACAUGGAUGCAGGUUCUGCCAGCUGGGCUGCUGUGUCUUCAUUAAAUGAUGUCUCAAAUCACACACUUUCUUUGGGACCAGUACCUGGUGCUGUAGUUUAUUCGAGUUCAUCCGUACCUGAUAAGUCAAAGCUUUCACCACAAAAGGAUCAAGUCCUAGGUGAUGGCAUUACUCCUCCACAGAAAGUUCUCUUCCCCUCCGAGAAGAUUUGUCUGAAGUGGCAGCAGACUCACAGAGUCGGAGCUGGGCUCCAGAAUUUGGGCAACACUUGCUUUGCUAAUGCAGCGUUGCAGUGUUUAACUUACACACCGCCUCUUGCCAAUUACAUGCUCUCACACGAGCACUCCAAGACAUGUCACGCAGAAGGGUUCUGUAUGAUGUGCACGAUGCAGGCGCACAUCACCCAGGCCCUCAGCAACCCCGGAGACGUGAUCAAACCGAUGUUUGUCAUCAACGAGAUGCGGCGGAUAGCUAGGCACUUCCGAUUUGGAAACCAAGAAGACGCCCACGAGUUCCUUCAGUACACUGUGGACGCCAUGCAGAAAGCGUGCUUGAACGGCAGCAAUAAGUUAGACAGACACACCCAGGCGACCACACUGGUUUGUCAGAUAUUUGGAGGAUACCUGAGAUCUCGAGUCAAAUGUUUAAAUUGCAAGGGCGUCUCCGAUACUUUUGACCCGUACCUCGAUAUAACAUUGGAGAUAAAGGCCGCUCAGAGUGUCCCCAAGGCCCUAGAGCAGUUUGUGAAGCCGGAGCAGCUGGAUGGCGAGAACUCCUACAAAUGUAGCAAGUGUAAAAAGAUGGUUCCAGCCUCCAAGAGGUUCACCAUACACAGAUCGUCCAAUGUUCUUACACUGUCUCUGAAACGGUUUGCAAAUUUUACUGGUGGAAAAAUUGCUAAGGAUGUGAAAUACCCCGAGUAUCUUGACAUUCGACCGUACAUGUCCCAACCCAAUGGAGAACCGAUUAUCUAUGUCCUGUAUGCAGUCCUGGUUCACACUGGUUUCAACUGCCACGCUGGCCAUUACUUCUGCUACAUAAAAGCUAGCAAUGGCCUUUGGUAUCAAAUGAAUGACUCCAUUGUAUCUACCAGUGAUAUUAGAUCGGUACUCAGUCAACAAGCCUACGUUCUCUUUUAUAUCAGGUCCCACGAUGUGAAAAAUGGAGGUGACCUUACUCAUUCAGCCCACAGCCAAGGCCAGUCUUCCCCUCGACCAGUCAUCGGUCAGCGGGUUGUCAACAAUAAACAGGCCACCUCUGGGUUCAUCGGCCCACAGCUUCCCUCUCAUGUGAUCAAGAAUCCACCUCACUUAAAUGGGACUGGACCCUUGAAAGAGACUCCAAGCAGUUCCAUGUCAAGCCCCAGUGGUAAUUCCAGUGUCAACAGGGCCAGUCCUGGUAAUGCUUCAACUUCUGUUCAAAACUGGUCUGUUAACAGAUCCUCAGUUAUUCCUGAGCAUCCCAAGAAACAGAAGAUCACCAUCAGUAUUCACAACAAGUUGCCUGUUCGCCAUAGUCAGUCUCUCCCUAACCUUCGAAACAGCGCUCUGGAGAACCCGUCCAAGUCCGGUCCCUCCUCUACCAUCACCAACCCUUCUGCAAUACAGUCUACCUCGAGUGCGCCUCCAGCAUCAGCUGCUGGUAAAAUGACAAAGCAGGUCACCCCUGUGGAACCUUGUCCGAGGCCCGUGAUGAACGGCAAGUCCAAGCUAAACGCCAGCGUGCUGGUGCCCUACGGCGCCGAGUCGUCAGAAGAGUCUGAUGAGGAAGCCAAGGGGCUGGGCACGGAGGACGGUCUCGGGACGGCCAAGAGGUUUCACGCUUCUGUUCAAGACGCCGAGGACGACGCAGCUCCUCAGCAUGAGCUGCAAGCGCCUGUCACCCUCAAUGGUGCUGACACUGUGGACAGUGACCCAAAGGAAAACGGUCUGCCCUUUGACAGUGCCAGCUGCCAAAUCCAGCCCGCUCCUCACUCAGAAAACCCCUUUUCUAAGGCCAAUGGUCUCCCUGUGAAGUUGAUGCCUGCGCCUUUGCCACCUCUCCCAGAAGACACAAUCCUAGAGACCUUCAAACCUAGCAGCAAAGUGACAGGCUUGGCGGAAGAAACAAGUGCAACUAGAACAGAGAAGAGCCUUACAGAGGAUCAUGAAGCUGACCCAGAGGCGGCCAGUGGCACUCUGGACUCCUGCGAGGACCUGGAGGCAGGUACACGUCUCAGCAGCAAACUCAAGAAGGCGUUACCCGCCUCUGAGCCCAGCACCAAGUCUACCAAAGAAGAAGCCUCUGAAAAUGGUUCUGCAGAGCCCCCCGAGUCUUCGCCCAGUACCCGCAAUCUUGGUCAUGCCAACAUGGGGACCUUUGGGGGCGACCAGCUCUCCAGACUGUGUGACUCUGGGACUUUGACCGGUGAUCUCAUCAGACCAUCACAAGACACGAAUGGGAUGUUAGUAGAGAGCCCACGGGGCACAGCAUCCGGGGAAACCAUGGAGAAAGUGGCCCCAGUCCCCUUGGCCCACUCAGAUGACGAAUGUGAACAUAAACUCCUGGUUUACGUCACGAGAGAGAAGUGCCGAGAACUGGACAACCUUCCUGAGAGCCCAGGCGUGUCCACAAGGCAGCUGCCCUUGCCCCAGUUAGACUCACUCCCGGAAAAUCACCCAGCCAGGGUCCCUGAGCAAAGUGGUGUUGAGAGAGGCGAAGAAAACAGGGUUGGACAGAAAGGCCUGGACCAUUCUCCAGUCAAGGAGAAAAUCAGCAGCCUCAGGAAAGUGGACCGAGGACACUACCGGAACCGCCGAGAGCAUUCCUCCAGUGGUGAGCGCACGAGGGUAAGUAGGAGCAAGACCCUGGACUGUUACCACAAGCAGUGGCACCCCUACAUCCGGGAGCGGCCCAAGCAGGACCGCCACAAGCCCGAGCACUGCAAUGGGAGUCAGCACCACGCGGCUCACGGUGAGCGGGGCAGCCCCAGUGAGCGCCACUCCCUGGGCCGCUACAACCACCACCACUCCCGGAACCGCAGCGGGUCCGAGCAGGAGUGGACCAGGUACCACCAUGCUGAAAGUGAACACUGCUGGGGCCGGGAGAAGUACUACCCUGACAAGGUGCGAUGGGACAAGUGUCGCUACUACCACGACAGGUAUGCCCCUUACUCAGCCCGGGAGGGCCGGGAGUGGAAGCUUGUCCACAGCGACCGGGAGUAUGACAAAGCGGGCGAGUGCGGCAGCCGGCCGUACAAGGACUACUACAAGAGCAGGAAGGGGUAUGGGCGGGUCGCCCAGGAGAAGGACCGGCACCACUUCAGCCCCCGGGCGGGCCCACCCCAUGCGCUUCCUCUCUACCCAGACAAGUACCCCCGUGAGAAAAUUGCACUAGUCGCUGAAGAGGUCAGCUGCCCUCUCUCCGAUCGGUUUCACGGACAUGAAAACGGGAAGUCACGGAAGCGGAGGCACACGGGCCUGGGAGCGAGUGACAGCACCCCCGACAGGAGGCACCGCAGAAGCUUACAGAAGGACGCUUUUGAAGAGCCUAAAGCGAAGAAGCACAAAAAGUCCAAGAAGAAAAAGAAAUCCAAAGACAAACACCGAGAUCGGGACUCUAGGCACCAGCAGGAUUCAGAUCUCUCGGUCGUGUACUCUGAGGCUGACCUCCACAGACACAAAAAGAAGAAAAAGAAAAAGAAGAGACAUUCAAGAAAGUUGGAGGACUGUGUAAAAGACCCCGAGCCCCCCUCACCCAAGGCCACCAGCUGUGAGACUGUGGAACACGUCCGGAUGGCCGAGGGCGGCUUUCCUCUCCCUGACGGCCUGCCGCUAGAAGGCGUUGGACCUUGCCGUGAGAAAACGAAACAUCUAAGGCUGGAGAGCAGGGGGGACAAGGGUCGUCACUCAGAGUGUGGCCAGGGUAAGAGGGGCUAUGUAGAAUUAAGGACAGAGAGAACACUUGUUUUCAUUUGCACGUAA